GGUGCUGGGUACAGUCACGGUGGAACGCGAAAUUUAAUUACAUGAGUCUAAUCAUAACCUACAGUACACACUACAUCGCGAAACAUCAGGAUAUCGAUCAAUCGAGCGAAUUAUUGUAAUAUAUCAAAUCGUCCGUGAAGCAUAGGUUUAUUAUUAUUCAAUUGGUUUUGGUAAAGCAUGGAUCGAGUGUUCGAUCAUUUGCGGUACGUUCGGUGUCCGACGUGUUCCCGCGUUUUUUGUUGCACCAAACACCGGGUGCAGCAUGAGAGGCGCGUGCAUGUCGCGGUUCCUGGGGGGCCGGUGAUCAGACGCCGCUUCCGGUCGCAGGUGCUGCAGCAACCGGGAAAACAGAAGACGGUUCAUCUUGGCGGCCACUCUCCCACCAAUAGUCGGAAGAGGUUGCACGUGGACAUCGCCCAGACCGCGACGCAGUCCAUCAGCAGCGGCUUGCGAAUUAUGGAACUGCGCCAUCACCGCCGCGUCGAAGAGUUGCGCCGGACUGAAGAGAUGCGCAGUACCGAAGAACGGCGCCGGACUGAGGAACAGCGCUGGACCAUGGAACAGCGUGCGAUGAUGAUAGAGGCGUGCGCCCGGAACACACUCAAGGCCCGUCGAUCCAGCCUCACGACCAUCAGACACCUGCGGCCGGUGGCCGAAAGCAGUCCCGCGGUCCCAGUGCCGCCGCCGUGCACGCCGCACACCACGACCACGGGCGCAACCGAGUCUGCGGUCACGCCUGCCGAGUGGUCGGUAGUCGUCUCGUCGGUGGGUAGCCCGCCGAGCUUUUAUCAGACGCCGAUGCAGACGCCGACGCAAAAGUUUCCCGACACACCGUCGCUACAAAAGCUCCCAGACACGCCGUUACAAACGCUUUCGGACACGCCGUUACAAACGGUCCCGGACACGCCGUUGCAAACGCUUUCGGACACGCCUGUUAACGGCAAAACACCGUGCAAUGGCGGAAGUGUUAAGCGCGUGUCGUUAGACGACGGUUCAACGCAAAAAGGAUUUUUCUGGUCGAACAUGGCUCGUCGUUUCCGGCUAGCGCUGCGGCCGGCUAAACCCAAAAUCGUCGAGAACAACAACUGUCCAUCGCCGUCUGCAUCACCGAACGUGGAUUGCGUGGUCAAUCCGUACGGCAACAUCCAACCAAGAAGGCCAAUCUGUAACAACGACACGUUGAUGACACCCGUCCAUCCCAGACCGUCGCUCGAGGCCAUCCGGAAGGCCCACGAAGAAGCAAGCAAAGCCUUUAACAGAUUUAUGACUGAUUAAAAUAUGUUUUCUGGUAAGCGCAACAGACACACUUCAUUUGGUGACAGGUAAUUUUUUUAUAUACAUUAAUAUUAUUAUGUUAUUUAUCUACUGAUUUUUUAUAUAUUUUAUUUUUAGCUUUAGACUUGGGGAGGGGGGUUAAUUGAAUAUUUUAUUUAUAAAUCGAUCAUGUUACAAUUUGUGGACUUAUUGUGUUUUUUCUCGCUUCUGUAUUUUUUAUCUAUAAUGUACUAAGUAUAAUAAUAAUUUUGUUUAUUUAUUAUAAAAACAAGUUUUA